GUGGCAUAUCUAAUAAUGCUGAGACAUUGGAUGGGAGUGAAUUGACUGAAGUUAGCAGCUGUUAUUAUUCCACUUCCAGUUCUGAAAGUUGUACUCCUUGUUUGUCUCCUGUACAUGAAGGGAAGGAAGGAAAUGAACACCUGUCACAAUUAGUACGAGUCCUUAGGGACGAGAUGCAUCAGUCUUAUCUUGAUUAUAUAACUGUCAGGAGAAUGCUAGCACUAGCCAACAGUAGAAUUCGUGGUCCAUUAACUGGCAUGCCUGGCAUGAUUCCAGGUGUUAAUGAUGUAGGGUUAGGUGGAGCACCACAGAUGUCAAGUGCUAACAACCCUGUGAAGUUUGGAUGCAGUGCUGCUGCCAGAAAUGAGGAUGGAAGUGGUAGCAGAUCAGAUGGACCUGCAAAUGGUGCUGCUGAAGGUUUGGGGCGCUUAUCAUUUGGAGGAUCUUUCAAUGGGUUUCCACCUUUCCCAAACUUUCCUCUAGGUGCUGGAUCAGGAUUUGGAAAAAGUGGCUUCCCUGGACCCAUUGAUUUCUUUCAGUCUCGUUUAAGACAGGCACGAAAUGAACCUUACAGUGUACCUUCAAGUAGGGAAAGAUAUUUGAGGCAGCCACAUGACCAAAUGACUCCUGGGAUAUGCUGCAAAUUUGUUUCCAAGUGCAAUGGUAAAUGCAGCCAUUCGCAAUGCAGUUAAUUUGUCCAUAUCUUCCAUUGGAAAUUUUAGUACCAGAGGUUUGGCAAGUGAUAUGAGUUUAUAUACAGAUCCAACAGUAGCAGUUGGAGUUAAUGUUACUGUUGCCUCACCAUCAGAAAGAAAUGUUAAUGCAAAUGAAACUAUAAACACUGUAAAUGAUGAAACUAACAAUCCAGUCAGCAGGAAUGAUCUAAUUCCUAGUGUUAGUGUUGCAGUGGAUUUGACAAGAGAAGCAAUUACUUCAACUAAUGCCCAAGAUACUAAUGAUGCAGCUACAGAGGCAUCUGAUAAUAUUAGUGUCAAGCCAAUUGGUGAAGACCGUAAAGAAAAUAACCCUAGUACUGAACAUGGUGAUGCAUGGAAUAGCUCAAAUAGUGUGGCCAAUGGUCAUGCAGUUAAUGGUAUCGAAGCUGUUCAGAAUACUGGAGCAACAUCCAAUUUUGUUUCAGGACCUGCUGCUUUACCUGACAUUGUAAGAUUUAUCAGUUCACCUAGUGAAUUCAACAUGACUAAUACUACAGCAGCUACAAAUCUGAGAAGAGGAAUGACAAUUGGAGCUUCUGGAGGUGAAGUUAACUUUGCUAAUGAAACAGCAACUGCUAAUCCAACAGCAGGAAUGUCAUCAAGUGCUUCUGGAGGCCCUAAACUUCAGUCAGGGUCAGUUUCUGGAAACCAACAGCAUAUGUUCCAGCAACUUAAUUCACGUCUGUGCCGUUGCGUGCUUUGUGAAUUUGUAACAAGGGAUAUGAAUGUUUUGAUGGAGCACAUAGAUUCUCACUUUCCUGUGAGGACUUACAUGUGCAUCCAUUGCACAUGUUUGUUCAGUGGACCACAAGAACUUCAGGAGCACAGUUGCCCAUUUAGGCAUUGAUAGUUUGCAGUGGAAGAGCAAGUGCAAAUGUUCCUAGACUAAUUAGUUUGUUGACCUUGGAGAUAUGUGCCUCAACAGUAACAUUUUUCUUAUUUUUAUUCUUGGAAAAACUGACUAUCUGUUAUUCCAUACAACCAGUUAUGAGUGUAUAGUACCUAUGCAAAUAAAAAAAUUUUCAGAUAUGUACCUGGACAGUGUCUGUUUUUAAAGGAAAAAAAAUCAUAUUUAUUGAAAAAAUAGCUUUUGUUUAUAGAUGGUAUAUUUUACAUUGUUUUUGAUGUAAGGUAUAUUUUACAUUGUUCUUGAUGUAAUUUUUUUAAAAAGUACUGAAGGCUAUUUUAUGUAAUGUAUUAAAAAGCAGUCCUCG